GCUGGGACUCCAACUGCACUCAGUUGGGCUGCCAGCGUUGGAGGCAGUGGCUUAACCACCUGCACCACAAGGCUGGCCCCUAGAUAGAACUUCUGCAAGACUAUAAACCAAUCGCUGGAGCCCUCGUGUGCAGUGCCUGUUGGUGGACAAUACUGGUGUUCCAUCUAGCCAGAGUCUAAGGGGGACUGCAUUCCUGGACUCCCACUCGGGGCACAGUGCCAGCUGCCGUGCCCUUGAACAAGAUGACAGCCAUCUCCCUAGACCCUCAAACCAUGGCCUCCGGUACACACAACAAGGUCCUAAGCAUGGAUCCCGCUGGGAGCCAAGAAGCUCUCCUAAGAGGAGACGCAGAGUCUUUCAGACAGAGGUUCAGGUGGUUUUGUUACUCGGAAGUGGCCGGACCCAGGAAGGCCUUGAAUCAGCUCUGGGAGCUCUGCACUCAGUGGCUGAGACCAGACAUCCACACGAAAGAAGAGAUCUUAGAGCUGCUGGUGUUUGAGCAGUUCCUGACUGUUUUGCCGGGGGAGAUGAGGAUUUGGGUAAAGUCACAGCAUCCUGGUAGUAGUGAGCAGGUGGUGACCCUCAUAGAGGAUUUGACCCAAGCCCUGGAAGAAAAGAAAGACCCUGUCUCUCAAGAUGCUGCUGCUGGCCGAGAGGAGACCUCAGAAGAUAAAAUGGUUGCUGAGUCACAGGAACCCAUAACUUUCAAGGACGUGGCCGUGAGCUUUUCCAGAGGCGAGUGGAAGAAGCUGGAGCCCUUUCAGAGAGAGCUGUACAAGGAGGUGCUGCUGGAGAACCUCAGGGACCUGGAAUUCGUGGGCUCUCCAGUUUCCAAAUUAGAGUUGGUUUCCCAGCUAAAGUGGGUUGAAUUGCCGAGGCAGCUGGAAAAAGAAAUCUCAAAAGGCUCCAGACCAGGGUGUGAGCCCAGCGGUGAGUCGCCGGAGGUAUCUGAUGUUCUGAUGGAAGAACUGACUGUAGAUCAGAUAAUAGAAAGUGGCUUCAGGGAUGGCGGGCAUGACUUGAUGGCAGAAUUCCAGAAACAUUAUGGCAGCUCAGACAAGGAUCAAGGAUCUUCCAAAGGAAAUGCCGCACAAAAGAAAAACAAGAGAGGCAGAAAGGGUGACGACUCAGACAAGAGCCCCUGCGGGAACACCUUGAAACGGAGUUCCGAAAUCAUUAAGCACCUGAGAGUCUACUUGAAGAAGAAGUCUCGGAAGGCCAGCGAAGGCAAGAAGCCCUUCAGUUUCCAUUCCGACCUCGUCCUGAGUCGCAAAGAACACGCCGGAGAAAAGUCGCGGAAGCACAGGGAAGGCGGGCAGGGCGGAAGUCGCGCCUCCUCUCUUACGGAGCAUCAGAAGCGGCAGAAAAUUUACCUGGGGACCAAGUCCCGGAAGUGUAAUCUGUGUGGGAUAUCCUUCACCCAAAGCUCGUCCCGUUCUGAGAGAAGAAGCUCUUGUAUCUGUGAAAAAUGUCGGAAGGCGUUACAUCCCGAUACAACGCUGAGUAAGAAGGAAGGAACCGAGAAGGCAAAGAACACUCACCAGUGUAGUAAGUGUGGAAAAACCUUCGUGCACCGCGCCUUGCUCCCCAAGAACCACUCCCCGAGGAUCCCCACUGCAGAAAAGUCCUAUUUGUGUAAGGAAUGUAGAAAAGCUGACAGCGAUAGCUCAUCGCCCGCACCACCUGCUCCCAGCGAAGACAAACCAUUCAAAUGCGAUGACUGUGGGAAAGGUUUCACCCUCACUGCCCACCUCAUUAAACAUCAGAGAAUUCACACGGGAGAGAAACCCUAUAAAUGUAAAGACUGUGGCAGGCCCUUUAGUGAUAGCUCAUCUCUUAUUCAACAUCAGCGGAUUCACACCGGGGAAAAGCCCUACAAAUGUAACGAUUGUGGAAAAUCUUUCAGUCACAGCUCAUCCCUUUCCAAACAUCAGAGAAUCCAUACUGGAGAGAAGCCCUACAAGUGUGAUGAGUGUGGCAAAGCCUUUAGACAGAAUUCUUGCCUCACCCGGCAUCAGAGGAUUCAUACUGGAGAGAAGCCCUAUUUGUGUAACGACUGUGGGAUGACUUUUAGCCAUUUUACCUCUGUCAUUUAUCAUCAAAGACUUCAUGCGGGAGAAAAACCCUACAAGUGCAACCAGUGUGAGAAGGCCUUCCCCACCCACUCCCUGCUUAGCCGUCAUCAGAGAAUUCAUACUGGCAUCAAACCUUAUAAGUGCAAAGAAUGCGGGAAAUCCUUCAGCCAGAGUUCCUCUCUCAAUGAACAUUACCGAGUUCACACCGGAGAGAAGCCCUACGAGUGUGACUUCUGUGGAGCCACCUUCAGUCGCAGCUCAAUCCUCGUGGAACACGUGAAAAUCCAUACCAGAACCAAAGACUAUGAGUGCACGAAAUGCGACAAGAUAUUUAAGAGUAAUUCGGGCCUGAUCAGACACCGGGUGUUUCAUGCUUCAGAUUAA